ACAUUGUUGUAUUUCUGGUGAAUUAAUUUUUGUAUUACUUUCUAUGUAUUGCAAAGGAUUUUUUUUCCUGUUUCUAAUGGUGACAUAACAUUCCUUUAAAAUUAUUAGAGUUUUCAAAACGCAAUUGAAAGCAAAAAGUUAAGCAAAUAAAGUACAGGUGUGACUCAAUUAUGGCAAGAACAACAAAAAAGUGACUAUGGUGGGGAUGUUGAGCUUGUGCGGCGACAUGAAACUGCUCACCCACAAUUUGCUGAGCUCGCAUGUGCGGGGGGUGGGGUCCCGUGGCUUCCCCCUGCGCCUCCAGGCCACCGAGGUCCGUAUCUGCCCCGUGGAAUUCAACCCCAACUUCGUGGCGUGUAUGAUACCUAAAGUGGAGUGGUCGGCGUUCCUGGAGGCAGCCGAUAACUUGCGCCUGAUCCAGGUGCCUAAAGGGCCGGUUGAGGGAUAUGAGGAGAAUGAGGAAUUUCUGAGAACCAUGCACCACCUGCUGCUGGAGGUGGAAGUGAUAGAGGGCACCCUGCAGUGCCCAGAAUCUGGAUGUAUGUUCCCCAUCAGCCGCGGGAUCCCCAACAUGCUGCUGAGUGAAGAGGAGACUGAGAGUUGAUUGUGUCAGGCGCCAGUUUUUCUUGUUAUGACUGUGUGUAUUUUUGUUGAUCUAUACCCUGUUUCCGAAUUCUGCCGUGUGUAUCCCCAACCCUUGACCCAAUGACACCAAACACACAGUGUUAUUGAGCUCGAUAUUAUAUAUUUUUUUCUCAUUAAAGGUUCAAAACCAAAAAAAAAAAAAAAGAAAAAAGAAAACACUGUCCUAAAAGAAGAAGGUACAGAGAGUAGUCUGAUACCCGGGAGUACUAGAUUUUAAAAUUAUUCUCUUGCCAAUUUUAUUCAUUCAUUCACCAUGUGCCACAAUAAUUGUUUUAAGUCUUUCUUUGA